AUGCCAAGUGUUGCUAACGACGAAGAAAAACACGUCGGCAGCGGAAGCGAAAGCAGCUACAGCAAUGACGACAAACCUAAUCAUCACCAAUCUAAUCCCUCUAUCGAACCCAUCGAAGUGGAAAGAGGAGCUAAAGGUGUCGCUCAAGCCGAAGCAUUCACAAGACUCUUGCGUAAAGAUAGUUCAGGCAGAGUGUUGCUAGUUCUACUUGCUAUUAGCAUCUUUUUGACCAUGUUUGCAUAUGCACUCGAUCAAGGUUUGACAAGCGACGUUUUCAGUGUGAUUGCUGCAUCUGCUUUCAGUAAGCAUUCAGAGGUCGCUUCCAUCUCUGUUGCAUCCAAAAUCAUCACCGCAGUUUCCAAACCAUUCGUUGGUAAGCUAUCAGAUUUGACUUCACGACCAACAAUGUAUUCUGUGGCAUUGGUUAUUUACGUAAUCGGUUUCGCCGUUGCUGCAAGUUCACAAACUUUUGCUGCUUAUGUCGUCGGUAUCUGUUUCACCGCCUUCAGUAAGUCAGCCCUGGAUCUCUUGGCCGACUUGCUCGUUGCCGAUUUGACCCCUUUGCAGUGGCGUCAAUUUUUUACCUCAAUGUUGGCCUCGCCUUUCAUUGUUACAACGUAUAUCUCAGGACCGAUUGUAGACUCGCUCGUGCCCCUAAAAUGGCGCUGGGGCGCCGGCAUGUUCUGCAUUCUUAUGCCAGUCUGUCUCACACCGGCAAUCGUAUUAUUGUUCCACAUGCAACACAAAGCCAAGAAGCUCGGGAUGGUGAGCAUGGCUGGAUCAGGCUUAGAGAGAAAAGGCAAGACAGACGUCAUCAAAGGCAAAUCAUUGAACGAAGUUCUCAAGAAUGCUGCUGUAGAGAUUGAUGCUAUUGGUUUGCUUUUGGUUGGAUUUGGUUUCGCAUUACUCCUUUUACCAUUCUCAUUGGCCAACAAUUCCAAAGGAGGAUGGUCAAAUCCGAGCAUGAUUGCAAUGAUAGUUAUAGGGUUCGUUUUGUUGAUCGCUUUUGUAUUUUGGGAAAUAUAUGGAGCACCUAUCCCUUUGUCACCAAGACGUAUUCUACUCAAUAGAGCAUUCCAAAUUGCAAUCUUGGUCGAUAUUCUCACAAUGUUUGCAAGUUUCAUUGAAGCACUUUAUUUCAGUUCAUACGUUUACGUUAUUAAAGAUUGGACAAAUCUGCAAUGGGUCUACUUUACCGGUACAGUGACCGUCGGUUUAUGUGUUUGGGGUUUGAUUAACGGUCUGCUGCAAAGAUAUACGCAUAGAUUCAAAGCACAAAUGGUCUUUGGAGGCGUUGCAAAGGUGAUCGGUUAUGCAGUCCUUCUUGAUGCAGGACCACUUGGAACGACGCAGGAUUCCAAAUUGAUCGCUUCAGUUAUCCUUUUGGGAUUCGGCGGCUUAACUGUCGGAGGAGCUAGAAUUGCAUCUCAAGCUGCUGUUGCACACAGAGACUUGACAACGGCGAUUUUCACGGUUUCGUUCUGGUCGAGUUUUGGGUCAAGUUGCGGGGCGGCUGUGGCGGCGACGGUGUGGCAGCAGAAGAUGCCGGUCUAUUUGGCAGAAGAAUUACCUAAUCAAACAGCAGCGAGAAGAAAAGAAUUGUUUGGUAGUAUCAAGAAAGCACACGCAUUAGCAUUCGAUUCAGAAGUAAGACAAGGUGUUAUUCGUGCAUUCCAAAGGACAAAUGGUAUCUUGUUCACGAUGGCAGCUUGCCUGGCGGUUGUUCCAUUGAUUAUAACGUUCUUCAUACCGAAUUACUGGUUAGGCACUCAACGUAAUCUAGUGGAUAACAAAGAUCUGGAUGGAAAACCGGUUCGUGUUAUUCGCCGCCGUGCAAAUGAAGAAGAAGAAGAAGAAGAAGAAUUUGACGGUACAAAUGCUACGAUGUGGGAGAAUUUCAAGUAUUGGGGUAAGAAAGCAUGGGAUGCGUAG